UGGUCACUCACUUUCGUCCCUACACUUUUUUUUUUUUUUCCUGGGAAAAAAAUUUCACCCCAUUUUCCAUUCCCACCAAGCAAACACCUCUUAUAGAAAAGCAUACCCCUUUUUCUUUUCCUUUCCAUUCUUUCUCAGAUACCUUGUAAAGCCAAACCCACUUUAGUUCACGUUUAGUAGUGACAAUGGGGAAGAAGCUCUUUUACUGUGAGUGGAUAGUUCUCUGCCAUCUGCUGCUUGCAGCUGCUGUGGCCGCCAAGAACCAUGGAAAUCCUGCAAACGAUCUCGUCGACAUCAUCAACAACAACCGAACUGCACAAAAACUUUCACACCUAAACGACAGCCCUGGUCUUGGGUGCAUGGCCUUGCAAUAUGUUGAAUUUUGCAAGGAUAACUGCACCAGCAACAACACUGUAAACUGCAAACCCUCAGAAGACGACUUCACCGAAGUUUUUGCUCCCAAUUGCGGGGUAGAGCUACCUACUUUCGACAUCCUAACCGGCCACAUUUUGGGUUGUCGAUCAAAGUAUCUUGAACCAUUGUUAGCCUUUUCUGAUGUUCUUGCCAAAGACAAGAAAUCGUUAUCUCUUGUGAGGAAUAAAUCACACACUGAAGUGGGUGUAGGCAUGGUUGGGGUCCAUAAAGGGCCCUUCUUUUGGUGUGUUUUGUUCAGCAGUGGGCAGACAAAUUCUACAUUUGUUCUUGAGAAUCAUGGCUUAGGGAUCAAGCAAAAGAAAGGGUGCUACAGUGGAAGCAGCAUUCCUUGCAAUGGGGGACACAAGAUCAGUUCUGUGUUUUUGAACAUCAUAUCCAUGGGCUUUCUAUUUCUUUUCCUGUUACAACAUUGUUAAUAAUUUGCUUUGUGACCCUGAAAAUCUUCAUCAGACAAUGAUCGGAAAUUUUGUCACAUUGAUUUCAUUUCAUUUAAGAGAAGUAGUAAAAAAAAUUCAUCAUCCAAGCCGCAA